GCAUUUCUGGCAACGCUCCGCUCAGCUCUUCCGGUCCACGGCACGCGAGCGGGCCGUUCCAAUGGACGCUGCCGCCGCAACCGCGUGGCUCACGGCAGGGCUCGCCGAGAACGGCCCUCUGCAAGAUAUGUUCCGCGAGGCCGUUUCUCGGGCUCUGACCGCCGACUUGGCCUCUGACACAGGGGUCAUCCGGCAGGCCUUGGACCCCGUCAAAGAGACCGCUGAUUCCACUUCGGCAGAGUUGACCGUAUUCCGCACCCAGAUGGACACACAAUUCCAGGAGCUCGAGAAGAUCGAGGUGCAGUUGGACGCCUCAUUCCCCUGGAGGAAGACAGAGCGCGAGACGGAUCCAACUGAGUGGGCUGCGGGGUGGAUGCGCAUUGGAGUCGACUCCGAUUGGCUCAGCAACGCGGCCCAGAACACGCAGGACCCGUCUGUCGCCAACUCGACGGCGGCGAUCAUGGCCAACCCCAACCACCCAGACGCAGAGAGGCUGAAACAGGCGGUCGCGCUCAAGAACGCGCCCAAGCAGGGUUGGAAAAGCCUCUGCCUCGCCCCGUUCGGGGGCAGCCCGGAGCUUCUGCAGAAUUUCCUGUCCACGAAGGCGAGUGAUGGAGACAAGACGGCGUCUGCCAUCGCCAUGAAAUGCCUCAGCUACUUCCUCAUCAUGGAAAAGCAGUUCACCAACAUCAGUACUGCCAAGGCGAACUCUCCCGGCAAGAUCAAAGCGCAGCGCCUGGAGAUGAUGCCAGCGAUCUUUGCGGGCAUCAAGUCCAUGAAGAGAAGGGCGAAAAAGGCAUCUGCCCGCAGGCCGCUGGAGAUGGCUCUCAUGCAGAGAGACUUCUGCCUCGACUGGCAGCUCAGCUUGACACACCUCGCGGCCACCCCGUUCGUGUUCACAACUGGGCCGGACCAGGUGAGCCAAUUCCCGGCCAAGCGUCUCCGGACAGAUUCAGGCCAGCCGGGGCCCUCCGGUCGUCCGGAGGCGUCUGGCGGCGGCGGGGCACCAGCCUCGGGCAACAACAGCCGGCCGCCCAUGCCUCCAGCUCCGGUCCAAGUUCCGGCGCCGCAGCACGCGGGCCCGGCCGGCGGCUCUGGCAAUGCCGACAAGAACGACAAGAAGGCAGUCGCUGCUGCCAUCUUGCAGGACCUCAACAAUAUGGUCGGCCGCCAGCAGCCCGCGGCCAUCCAGGCCUACGUGGACCAGAAAUUCAGAGGCACGCCGGCGGAGGUGCAGGGCAUCCGGAGCGUGCUGGGCAGUUUCUGCCGCCACUGCAUCCUGAACAGCCGCCGGGUGGUCAAGCACUCGCGCGGGCAGUGCCGCGCGGAGGGGGGCAAGCCGAGCUCGCCGUGCUCGCGGUGCGGCGCGCGCGGGAUCAUGGCCUACUGCUGGCCUGAGGAUUGCCCCAAUGCGCGCUGA